AUCUCACUGCCAUACAUAUUUGUGUGCGCGUUUACAACCAGCAUUAUCACCCCGCCGCUUGUCGUGUUGUUGAUGCAAGACGGCACGAAGAAAAAAACAUGCAUUGUUGGCACAAUGGAUUUCAAGCAGAAUAAUGCUCUCGUUUAUUGAUUUUACCGCGACAACAAUUUUAUUAUCUGGCUGCAUUGGUCAUGUUAUAGGAUCUUUGAGAUAUGAGUGUGCAUCUGGUGGGUUUUAAUAGAAAUAUUUAUGUUUUACACAUAACUUAUACAUGAUCUGGUCUUUAUUUCCGCCAGUCAACCUCUCCCUACAUGUUAGGCAUGUCUGGACGACGGUGAAAGGCAGCAUUGUGCUUCCAUUCACUGGCCUGAUGUGUUGGAGGAGGCUAUGCUCACUCAGCUGUGCUCCCUCAACGCCAUUGUUGCAAAUUCCACCUCCUUUACCAAGCUCACACUGGGUAAACUGUGUGCAUUCACUGCAUUGGGGCGUCACGGUAACACAACCCCGCCAGGCACCUUUAGAGGUGAUGGGGGGGGAGUUGUUGCACACCGUUGCUUUGAAAUGUUACACAACCGAACCAGAAUUAAAAUAUGACUUCUGUUAAGCUCACAUUAUGUGCAAAAUGUGUAGUCCAGCCAUUUUUUUCCAGGAUCAAAGCAUUCACAAAAGACAGGGCGAGGAGUCUUGGCUUGCCAUUUGAAUGUCAAGUAGCAAAUGAACAAGUGAGCUGUGUGUGUGUGUGUGUGUGUGUGUGUGUGUGUGUGUGUGUGUGUGUGUGUGUGAGAGAAAAAGCCAGGAAAGGACACUGCUUGAGUGAAACUGUCACACAUGCAUCUUGAGUACACCACAAUGAUACCAGCCUGGAUACACUUCCUCAUGACCACGCGGCCUGGCAGGGACAAGGGGGAAAUUAUGCCUUUAGACCCGCAUUUUUCCCCCGCUAAUUAAAUCUAAAAUACCUACCUUCUUCACUGUGCAAGGAGCGAGAUUAGAAGUUGCAUGCAUGGUGGCCAUGCACCCUUAAAAAGCAUGUCCCGACGGAAGCAGAAACGACCCCGGCAGCUUAAGAGCUUGGCCCGCGGUGCCUGGCGGAUACUUGAGCACGGUGCCCUUGAUUUGGCAGUGAAGUCAUAUCCGUUCAACCCAGAUUCUCCUCCCUUGUGCUCUCCAACUAUCAUUUCUCAAAGCAAACAAUCAGUUGACACUAUCCAUUCCCCUCCAAAGGCCUUCCAGGCGGGCUGUAUAUGUGCACCGGGUCGGGAAACUUCCCUCUCCCCAAAGCGGCCCACCCACCAGCCAGUUAAAUCCUCUUUCACUCUUGACUACCCAUACCUUUCUCCCUCUAGUCAAACUCUAGGCUCAGCUGUCCUCGGACUCUCUGUUCAGAAGCCUAAAUCUUCUGCAAGUGCUCUGCACCAAAGCACAAUCAUGGCUUCUCCUAAACUGGGGCUGUCAGCCACCACCACCUCCUCAUCGUCAUCGUCCUCUGCCUCCAUAUGUCCUCCACACCCGGGAAGCCCCAGCCGUGUGCCUGAAGGUCCCCCAAGUCCUGUUACCCCCACACCAAGCCCAGGAGUGUCUUCCGCCUCAGUUGCCCCCACUAGGGCCCAGCUGAGUCUCGCCCUGAUACUAGAGGAGCUGCGGGUACUCCAGCAGAGGCAGAUCAACCAGAUGCAAAUAACAGAGGAGAUCUGUAGACAGGUACUACGUCUGGGUGGGGCAUCGUACUCAAUAGACACACCCACCCAGCAGCUUCUCCCACCCCUACCUCAACUGUGUCUGGAAGACAAAAGGUCCAACAGCCCAACGACCCAACCACCAACCACCCAGCCUUCCACCUCUGUAGCUCCUCUCUUGGCAUGUUUUUCAACCUUGCUCCCCUCUCAGGUUGCCAACAAACCUUCAAAGUCAAGCAACACCCUGUCUCAGAUCCUGCAACCUUGCAAGCCCCAACUGGAAGCGACAGGAGGCAUUACAGCGGCUAAUAAUUAUCUGAGAGUUAGUAAUCAGUCUUCAGACCCUUCCACCUCGAUUGCUUCUUCAAGCUACCCACUGGCUUUAUCGCUGGCUCUACCCAACCACUAUUUUCAGGAGAAAUCUCCAAAUAACAUGAGUGAGCACUGUGGCAAAUCCUACCUAAAUGCAUCCCUCUCGGCAGUAUCCCCGAAUGCCCAGUAUGCUUUGCAGUCUCUCACUGGAGGGGUCAACUCUUCAUCUACCUCUGCCUCCAGCAGUACUAGCCGUCUUCAGCACGUUUGCCGUUUUUGUGGGAAGAUCUUCAGUGGCGACUCAGCCCUGCAGAUACAUCUGCGUUCACAUACCGGAGAACGGCCCUAUCAGUGUCCUGUGUGUCUCAGUCGCUUCACCACCAGGGGCAACCUCAAGGUGCACUUCCUACGCCACAGGGAGCAAAACCCCGAGCUGUCGCUUUCACUCCUCCCGCCAUCUUUGUUUGGAGUGGCGUUACGGGCCACUGGGGCCACGGAUAUGAGUCAACCGGGGAGCGGUGGUAGCAGUACUGCUGCUACAAAUGCGUCUGAAAAGAAGGCAAAAAUCAGGCCUGAGGACGAAGUUUACGGAAACGAUUUGGAAGUCAGCGGGACCAAUAGUGGGUUCCCAGUGGGGGCAUCAGGGGGGUCUACUCCUUGUACGUUACCUCUACCGCCAAGUGUGGAUCUGGCCUUGAUUUCACAUUCCUUGCUGCAACUUAAUCGAGCGGCAGCUGUUGCGGCUGCGGUCUCAAUCGCCUCUGGCUCAUCUUACUCAUCCCCCUCCACUUCAGCACCCGCCUCUUCACUGGCCAACUCCCUACUCUCGAUUCCCACUUUAUCUUCAUCUUCGACCAUUUCAGGGUUGUUGAAGGGUGCAAAACAGCAUCACUCUGAUGAAAACACACCUCCUCAGGCUGCCAUACUAUCUCCUGCAGCUUACUCCCAGCUAGCACACCUGCCAAAACUCCUUUUCCCGUCCGGUUCCUCUACAUCUGUUUCCAAUGCCACACACUCAACACUCCAUCCAGGCUUGGGGAUGCUACGCUCUCCGCUACCAUCAAAUGCAGGAUCCCACCAACCAGCUUCUACCAGCCUUUCACACAUGACUUUCCCUUUCUCUCCCUUUCAUAAAGUGCCAGGCCCAGCCGCUAGCACUCAGUGCUCUGUGCCGUCCUCCAUAGCUAUCUCCACACCUACAUCUGAGACGUCCAAGCUACAGCGGCUGGUAGAAAAGCUAGAAAAGGCACCUGCUCAAUCUACUUCUCUAUGGACCUCUUCUUCUACAAUGGAGGCGCAGCCAAGCAAUACUAUGGCCUCUCCUGCAAGUUCAGCUAACAUUAACCUCACAAACACCAGCACUUCUACCACAUACGUCAUGGCAUCUCCACCGUCCUCUCAUCUUGUUUCCACAUCAGUUUCAAAGUUCACCCGUCAGAUGGUUGCUGCCCUUGGCAUGGGUGUCAAUAAUGCAAGUGCCAUUGCAGGGGGGUUGUUACCAACAUUAAACAUCACUCCGGCCAAUAACUUGGCGACCAAUCAAUGCGGUGUGUGUUUUCGGGUUUUGAGCUGCCCCAGAGCUCUGCGCUUACACCAAGCCACGCACCUUGGGGAACGCCCUUUCCCAUGCAAGUUGUGUGGAAGAUCCUUCUCAACCAAAGGCAGCCUACGCUCACAUCUGGCAACCCAUCACACUCGGCCGGCCAAUGCUCGCGUCCAGAACUCCUGCCCACUGUGUCAACGUAAAUUCACCAAUGCUCUCGUACUUCAGCAUCACAUCCGUAUGCACCUUGGUGGACAACUCCCCCCAGGAGGUGCUGAGGAUUCUGGAUACGAGUUGCCAUCUGAAUCUGAUGCCAAACCUUUGUCACAGUUGGACAACACCACCUCUAGCAAAACACCUCAACCUGGCAACUCUAAGAGUCUGUCCCCGAGUUCACAGAUUCCAACUGCAGAAGUCGGUUCCUGUCCCAUUUCUGACCCUAAACCUGUUGAAUAUAAUGCAGCUCAUAGCAAAUAUGGAUCCUCCAGCCCAGACCCUAACCCUCCCUCUGAUCUCAGCCCUGACCCCUUCAUGAGUAUCACAACACAAACUCCGCCACCAGCCACUGAUGACCCCCCUGUCCUUUGUGCCAGUACCCCACUGCCAGCUGAAGAAGAUGACCACGCUGAAGAAGCUGUGGAUUGUGAGGGAGCCUCUCCGUUUCCUGAUGCACCCCAUGCCCCCAUAUCAACUCAUCCGAGUCUACAAAGCACAUCCACCAAUUGUGACCCCUUUGCUUACGGCACGGUUUCUUCCUCAAAGCAAAAUCAGGACGUCGCUGCCGCUGUAGAAACUCUACUGGAAUCAAGCUUAGACCCUUCCAGGGCGCAGUCACCUGAACCCAUGGACGAAGACAGAGAUACGUUUUGCGCCCCAGCAACACCAAAGCAAGACCAAGCAAAUGUUCCUGAGGAGUUCUCCGCAAUGAUGUCCGCCUCCGAAACUGGUGACAGUGUUCAGGGAAGAGAUGCACAGAGGGCUUCCGCGUUUGGCCAGAACUUUAAUUUGGAUUCAUUUGAGAGGGACGAACAAGUAGAAGGUGUGAAGAUGAUUAGUGUAUCUAAACCAAGCGAAGCACCCGACGUUUCUAUCCUAGCCCCGACCCUACCAUCACCUAUAGCGCGACCUGAGAAGAAGACCUAUUGUUGUGCCGAAUGUGGAAAAGCAUACGCAAGUCGCAGUGGGCUGAAGGGGCACAUGAAGCACCAUGGAGUUGUUACCAAAACAACCCGACCCUUGGCCCGCAGUGGUCGUUCAUGCGCUGACCCACCACAGUCCUCACCCGUAGCUUCCUUGACGAUUCCGGCCACCACCAGCUCAGCGGGUUUCUGGAACCAGUACCAAGCCUUCCUCAACAACAGUCCCGGGUCAAGUGACGAUCCUGCUCCGGCCAGUCAGGGGGGGAAAGAGUCUGCAAAGCCUUCUGGGCAGUCUGAGCUGGACCUGGGGGCUCCCAGUGAGGCAGGAUCGUAACGUUGCCGGGAUACUGCCGCCGUAGCCAGUCAGUCAGUAGUCGCUGUGAUACUGUAUGUUUCUAUAUGUGAAAGUUGUGAUCCCAAAACAAAUGAAAAUGUUCAAGUAAAUACGUCAGUAAUUGCUGUGACACGACUGUUGUCGGUAUCACUGUUGUGUGUCACACCUGGUUUUUUACAUGAAGCUACUAUAGUGUCGUCAGUAUCAGCAGACAAUGACGUUUCUGUGUUGAAUAUUUCGUCAUUUGUUUCCCAUGUUGUGCUUGAGGUACAAUAACACAAUCAUGUCAUGGUGAUCUUUUUUUCGAUGUGCCGUCCCUUCAGUUCACACCAAAAGCACAGCCACAGUGUUUGUGAACCUACUGAUGGUCUUUCAUGUGACCUUUGUGAGCAAUAUGAAUGUCGUGGUGCAAAAGUAACCUGUGUCACAUGCUACUAAAAUUAUAUAACCUUUUUGUCUGUGUGUGAGGUGUACUUUCAUGUAUUAAAAAAGGACAUGGGGAAAAAA